AUGGGUGGCUACGUAUACUCAGUAGCGGAGGCAUCCUUGACAAUUGCUUCCUUGCCAGUUGAAAUCAUUAUUCUCAUCUUCAAAGCCUAUCUCGACCCAGGACCGCCAUGUGAAGGGGAAUUCCACGGUUAUAGCGCAUCCCUCUUUCGCCGCUGCCCCAUCAUCUUGAUGCAGGUCUGCGUCCUCUGGAGGGCGAUUUCAUUGACAACGCCAUCCCUCUGGACGUGUAUAUGCCCCUCCUACGAAUCCAUCCCAAGAAUCCGCCGCUGGCUCACCAUAUGUCCUAAGUACCCCCUCGAUCUUCAACUUGUUCGUGGAUUAUACCAUGCCGUUUCCCAAGAUUACGCCUCUUCUGUUUUCAAUCUCUUUGCGAAGGAAUCAUACCGCUGGCGGUCGCUGUCGGUCGAGCUCGAUCCUCAUAUGGCUGCCGGACUCGUCAGGAUUUUGCAGUCCGACAAAUCCAUUCCAUCCACCCUCGAGAAGUUGAAGGUUGACCCUUCCAGAGAACCGGAGCUUCGGAUGCCCGUCUCCACAUUGGAAGCGCUCGCAAGCCUUCUACCCCGCCUGAAAUUCUUGCAACAUCUUAUCUGGACCGAUAAAUACGAGACAUCCCUUCAAGGCGUUCCAUGGGGCCAGCUCAAGACUGUCGUAAUCGACGUACCCUCGUCACUGGAUAAUAUCUUCUCCUACUUUUCCCAGUGCACGUCGGCCACGACAAUCGCAAUUCAUUGGCGAAACUCCGAAGAAUCCAGGGAAAACUCGCCUACCAUCUCACCGUUUUCCCGCUCACACGCUUCCGAACCUCACCUCUCUCAAACUGUCGCGAGGCAGUUGGAGGUAGCCAUACUUCGCCGUGAUCAGCAAGUCCUUGAAGAUUUCGUGAAGCGUUCGCCCAGCAUCCAUACCCUCAUCAUCGACGAGAGGUAUGGUGAGGAUUAUGCCUAUGCAGACGAGGCCCUUAUCACUGAUCAAGAAAUCAUCGCCUACCUCACAAGUCCUUGCUUGCGCGCCAUACCGCGUGUCGGGCUCGACUUGCUGUACACGAAGAAGAGGAUUCCGGCUCUGAUCCAAGAAGGUUUGGAGGGCGGCCGACCGCUUCCGCCUCUGCUCUGCUGGAUUCCGGAAAAUUGGGAUCAAAGGUCUAACGCUAUGAGAGCCUACUCCCCUGAGAAUAUCGCUUCUCAAAUCACCUCCUUGCCGGUGGAGAUACUUACCUUCGUCUUUGAGCUUUACCUCAGCAGAGAUGACCCGUUUGAAGACGAGUUCUACGGCUACUUUGACGAGAACCUUGCUGGCUAUCGCAGCCCGCUCAAUUUGAUGCAGGUCUGUAGUCAGUGGCGAGCGAUUGCAUUGGCCACCCCCUCCCUCUGGACGUACAUAUGCCCUUCUUACAACCACAUCCGCAACAUCCGCCACUGGCUUGCCGUCUGCCCAAAGUACCCCCUUGAUCUACAACUGGAAACUCGUGCGAUUGGAGGCAUUCCACGGGGCUAUGGAUAUUCUGUCUUCAAUCUUUUCGCCCAGGAGGCAUACCGCUGGCGGUCACUGUCCAUUGACUUCGACCCCGACGUGGCCAAUGGAUUCGUCAACCUUUUGAAGUCCGACCGCACCAUUCCCUUGUUACUCGAAGAUUUGAAGAUCAAGUCCUCUCGACCCGAUCAUAUGGUUCCCGCAUCUACAUUCCAUGCCGUGGUCACUCUUCUACCCCGUUUGAAGGCGCUUCGACGGCUUAUCUGGGCCGACCCGUUCGGCGAAGCUUCCAUCGUCCCUGGAGGAUAUAUUUCUCUACCUCCUUUCACAUUGCACAUCCGCCACCACAGUCGAAUUUUCGAGCAUUUUACCCUUCAACAUCUCAUCUCCCUCAAACUCUCGAGUGGAUGUGAUCCCAUAUGGCUCCUACGACAUCUCAGCGCCCCUUCACUUCAGCAUUUGGAAGUCGGAAUCCUCCGGCGUGGCCAGGAAGUCCUGGAGGAAUUCCUGAAGCGCUCGCCUUGCAUUCAUACCCUCGUCAUUGACGAGAGAUUUGGCGAGGAAUUCGCUUAUGCAGACGAAGUUCUCAUAUCGGACCAAGAAAUCGUGGCUUACCUCACCAGCCCUUUCCUGCGCGCCAUACCUCGCGUUGGAGUCGACCUAAUCGAUACGAAGGAGAGGGUAUUUUCCCUGAUCCGACAGCGCUCAGAUGCACGCCAACCGCUUCCACCUUUAUUGUGCUGGAGGGAAUCGUUGUAUCGAAGAGAUGGGUCGAUUACACUCUCCCCGCAGUAUGAAUUAGACGCGGACUAUCCGUUCUAA